AUGUACGGUUUCGAAGCUCUCACCUUCAACAUCCACGGCGGUUACCUUGAGGCAAUCGUCCGCGGUCACCGCUCCGGUCUACUCACCACCUCCGAUUACAACAAUCUCUGCCAAUGCGAAACGCUUGAUGAUAUCAAGAUGCAUCUCUCCGCUACCGAGUACGGUCCUUAUCUCCAAAACGAACCUUCUCCGUUGCAUACUACAACAAUUGUGGAGAAAUGUACUCUUAAGCUGGUUGAUGAUUACAAGCACAUGCUAUGCCAAGCUACAGAGCCCUUGUCGACCUUUUUAGAAUAUAUCACAUAUGGUCACAUGAUAGACAAUGUUGUUUUGAUUGUUACUGGCACCUUGCAUGAGAGAGAUGUACAGGAACUUCUAGAAAAAUGCCAUCCACUGGGCAUGUUUGACAGUAUUGCCACUCUGGCAGUUGCUCAGAAUAUGCGGGAGCUUUACAGGUUGGUUCUCGUUGACACUCCUCUGGCUCCCUACUUCUCUGAGUGCAUUACAUCAGAGGACUUGGAUGACAUGAACAUUGAAAUAAUGAGGAACACUCUUUACAAGGCAUACCUUGAAGAUUUUUACAGAUUCUGUCAGAAACUUGGUGGUGCUACUGCUGAGAUAAUGUCUGACCUUCUUGCUUUUGAGGCUGAUAGAAGGGCUGUGAAUAUUACCAUUAACAGCAUUGGUACUGAGCUUACCAGAGAUGACCGUCGGAAACUGUACUCUAACUUCGGUUUGUUCUACCCAUAUGGUCAUGAGGAACUCGCCGUCUGUGAGGAUAUUGACCAGGUUCGUGCUGUUAUGGAAAAAUACCCUCCUUAUCAAUCUAUUUUUGCCAAGCUGUCAUAUGGAGAGAGCCAGAUGCUUGACAAAGCAUUCUACGAGGAAGAGGUCAAGAGGCAUUGCUUAGCAUUUGAGCAACAGUUUCACUAUGCUGUGUUCUUCGCAUAUAUGAGGUUAAGGGAGCAGGAGAUCAGGAAUCUUAUGUGGAUUUCAGAAUGUGUGGCUCAGAAUCAAAAGUCCAGAGUUCAUGACAGUGUUGUCUUCAUAUUUUAG